AUGGGAUGUGUUAGGAUUUGCAGAGAUCGCCAAUUACCGGGUCAACACGCCACAACAAAUAAUGAAUACGAAGAUCGAAGACGAGCAGCGAUCGGUGACAGGGAGCCUGGUCAUGGCGAGAUUACGUGCGAAGCUUGCAGACCAAGGCCAGGGGAAGGGUCUGUGAUUCCUGCCACUGUCAGUAUUGGGAUGUAUUGUUUUGCACCAUCUCGGAAUAAUUGGUGGGAGGGACGUUCAAAAGCCGGGCACCAAGCAAUGAAGGGAGACGAGCGACAGGUCAGGCGUGAUUGGGCUCAGAGCAGAGAGACUAGUGGCAUCCCUUACAGGGAUGGAAGGAUAUUCCCGUUCAGGGUGCAGAGGGGAGCGCACUCCACGCCCAGUCAGCCACUGGGUGGCCACGCAAAGACCGUACAUCUGAGCCAGACAGGCAUGCAGGACAAAAUCUGUCCGUGUACACCGUACUAUGAGUUGACCAGCUAG